ACGUAGUUAUUACUUCAUGGAAAAGGCAUACCUUGUGUGGUCCCCAUAUUCUGUAGGCAGUGCAGACAUCUUGCUGGGACGUGAACGUACCCUGUUACGUACACAGUUCAGUCAAUAGCUGUAGGGAGCACAUGUGGCCACUGGACAUUGUUCGGCAUAAAACUUUGGUGACAGUCAGCUCAAGAUGGACCAAGAUACACAGUCAGCUGAAUCAGACGAUGAUGGCUACACAUGUAUGGAGCUGCCUACCCUUGUCAAGCAGUUGCAGGUCGUUCUGGACCAGUACCCUGAUGAUGGACAGAUACUCAAGGAGCUGAUACAGAAUGCUGAAGAUGCUGGAGCCGAAGUUGUCAACAUCAUGUUUGAUGGAAGGAAUAUUCGUCCUGAAAUAGAUCCCCAGGAAUUGAAACAGAACACUUUCCUGAAAUCUUUGCAGGGUCCUGCGUUGUGUGUCUUCAAUGAUGCUCUAUUCAGGAAGAAGGAUUGGGCAGGUAUCAGAAUGUUGCAUACUAGCCUCAAGAAUGAGUCACAGAAUAUAGGACAAUUCGGACUUGGUUUCAAAUCUGUAUUCCAUAUUACAGAUUAUCCAUGUAUCAUCAGCGGUGACCACAUCCUUUUCAUUAAUCCAGAAGAAGUAGCACAUAAAGUGUGUUUCGCCAAAAAGUUAAAGAAUCUAACAGAUAGAGUGAAAGAUAUUUUAAGUCAGGUCCUGAGUGGUACAUUUGGGUUCUCAGACAAGUGUUUGACAGCUGGUUAUGACGGAACUCUAUUUUGGUUUCCUCUGAGGGUUCAAACAUCACAACUUUCUGGAAAUAUAUAUACAGAAGAGAGUGUUAUGGACCUAUUUCGGGCGCUGAGAUCGGAGGCGCCAGUAACACUCCUUUUUCUCAAUUCCAUACACAAAGUUCAAUUAUUCCAGAAGCAUGCAGCUACAGAAGAGGUGAUUUUCUGUGUACAGCUUUCAAAAAGCUGUUUAGCAUCUGUUAAACGUCAAAGGAUGGAUUUUGCCACAAAAGUGAAACGCAUUGACUGUGAAUUGACAUGCCCUUCCAUUGAAAACAGACUUAAUGUUGAGAUAGAAACUGAAGAUUUCAUAAAGUCACAAAUAUUAAGCCAGGAAUGGGUAAUUCUCAAUGUGUUCAAAGCCAGAGAUAUGUCUGAAAGACUACAAAGACUCUGCAAGGAAAUGUCACAGUAUCCGCGUGUGGGCCUGGCUGUUCCACUUGGUAAGAAAUGUGAAGGUCAUGUGUUCUGUUUCCUCCCUCUUCCCCUGGAGAGUCACAGUCCCACAGGUCUGCAGGUUCAUGUAAAUGGCUGCUUUGCCUUAAGUCAAAAUCGAAGGCAUAUCAAAUGGCCAACAGCAGAUCAGCUACAGAAUCAGUCUCAUACAGACAAGGAUAUUGAGUGGAACAAGUGUCUUGUGAGUGAAGUGCUACCAGAGGUUUAUUGUAAUAUUCUAAACGAGCUGAUUCAGCAUUCUCAACAGGAACAGAAUCCAGAUGACCUGAUACAGCAGGUGUAUUCCUUGGUUCCAAGUCAAGAAAAUGUCAGUGUACAUUGGAAACCAAUGGUGGAUGGAGUUUUAAGAGAACUGCAAAACAUUCCAAUCUUGUUCACAGAAAAUGCUGGUGGAUGUUGGAUGACAGCCGAAUGUGCCACUGUGCUUGAUUCCAGCUUGGCUAUUGAUGUCAAAGAUGUUGUCAAGGAUAUUUAUCUUUGGUGUAAUCAAAACAUUGUUGAUUUGCCUGGAAACGUUUUGGCAUUGUUGGAAUGCAUAAUGUGCACAUCCUUAACAAAGGUUUCAAGUGAACGUGUCUGCUCACUUCUGACAUCAAAUGACUGUUACAUAAGAUGUCUAUCUCCGCCCAAAAAGAGGAUUUUGCUGAAGUAUAUAUUAUCCGGUGGAUGUGUAGCCUUCUUACGUGGAUUACACCUUUUGCCUACAAUGGAUGGAUGUUUCACAGAAAUUGGAAAGGGACAUGUAUACAUUUGGACGGAUGUUAUUGAUUCAGAGUUUUUGUUUCCUGGCCUUGAAUCCAUGCUAGUGGACACUGUGGCAUCACCUGAACUUGACCAAGUCUUACAAAGUGAAGAGAAUCGAGAUCUUCUCAACGUGGGCCUGAUAACCAGUGCCGUAUUUCCAAGUCUUCUGCAGAGAUGUGUUGCACAACAUUUCGGUGAAAACAACCCCAAAUAUCUACAUCUACCUGUUGAUGACACUUGGUUGAGGACAGUGUGGACUUACAUCAACAAGAGCUAUUCCUGUGAUCAGCUUGGUAGUAUGUUUGGGUCACUGCCUCUUAUUCCAGAAUUACAAGAGCAAGGUAAAACACGUGUACAUGAACUACAAAAGCCACUUAUUGUUGAGAUGGUAGAUGGCGUGAGUUCACUCCCUAAGCACAUGGCUGAUUGUCUGAGGAGGCUUGGUGUUGUAGUGUUAAAAAGCAUUUCAGACAUUACACCCAAGAAUAUUCUUGGAGUGAUAAUACAGUACCCGACCCAUAGCGGUGUCAUGAAAGUCCUAGAUGCUGUGUCAGAGAAUGACAAUAUACAGACAAAGAUCAAUCAAUUCAACACAGAGGCAACCCAUGAGGAAAGAAACAGCUUAACUUGUUUUUUGGGAGAAAGUACAACAGACUUCACAAAGUCAAAGGAUAUUUUAAGGAGUCUUCAAAUGUUCAUGGCAACUGAUGGGUCGUCAAAGUGUUUAGAAGAUGUGGGCAUUCUGGCACCUGUUUUGGAACCCCCAUUUCCAAUCCCUUACUCUGAGGUCUAUCUAGUGUCUACCCCCAGAGCUGUAAGGUCGCUAGCUGUGUCUCUAGGGGCAUCGCAAAUAAAACUGGAUGCAGCAGUCAUACUCACUUUACAAAGCAUCAUUGAAGGAAAUCCCAUGGGAAUGGCUGAUAGGGAUCUUCUUAUGCUCAUGGAGUUCUUGAUAUUGUCUUGCCCUUAUCUGCUUGAAAAUGAUGAAGUUGCAAACCUAGCAUGGGGAGUGAAAUUUCUUUCAUCUGAGAAAGGAUCAACAACGUUCCAAGCAUGCCAGCUGUUUGACCCUGCAUCAUCUCUUUUGACACAGCUAUUCAUAGGUGAGGACAAAUUCCCCCACUCAAGACAUGUCAGAACCAGGCAGCUGAAGCAAGGUCUGACGCUGUUGGGGUUACGAAGGGAAGAAGAGGUGACAGCUGCAGAACUUGUAACAACAGCAAACAUUAUACAAAGUUUGAAUGCUUCCAGUAAAGAGGACGCAUUGUUGAAAGCAAGGGGUCUUGUUUUGUUUCUCACUCAUCAUGAAAAGAACUUUGACCCAGAUUCUCUAACUAACAUACAGGGUCUUCAGUGCAUCCCAUGUAUUUCACAGAAGCCAGAUUUCUAUCCAGGUCGACUUCAGUUUCCGGGAGAAAUGAGAAUGCUUGGAACAUCAAACAUUGUUUGUAGUUCUAAAUACCUGCACGUAGUCGGAUCUACCAUGAGUGUAGCUGAAGAAAUGUCAGAACCAUUGGAAGUAUUAUUUGGGUUGGAUGUUCCUCCUCCAGUUACCUCUGUCAUUAAACAUUUACGGAAUCUCUCAGCAUCAUACUAUAGUCAGGCACACCACCUGUACAUGACCCUGCUGCACAAUGUCUACAAGCAUUUGUCAUCAGUGAGCUUGUCCAAGGAACACAUCCAACUGCUUAGUGAAUUCCCCUCAGUAUGGGUAGGAAUAGAUGAAAGGUUUCAGCAUCCGUCAUCUGUAUUCAUAGAUCAGAUGACUAAAGACAUGGAUUUAAAACCUUACCUAUUUGCUCUUCCAUCUGUAUUUCAUCAUUGGCGCAGUUUGAUGUUGACACUUGGGUGUAACCAGGAACUUACACCUCAGUUACUUGCAGGUGUGCUUGAAAAAAUCAAAUCGAAACAUGACACAUACAGAGAAGCGAGUGCUUUUAGAGAAGACAAUUCCUCCAGACAAUCAGAAGUUCAGAAAGAUUCACAACUUGUUCUACAAAUUGUCAACAGGUUGUCAGAAGAACAAGAAAAGCCCGCAACUAUUUUUCUUCCAAUCCAACAAGGGGACAACUCGUGUCUGACUCUAUUGCAUGUUGAAGAAUGUACAUACAGUGACUGGCUGAAUGAGGAGUCAGAGGAUGAAGGGGCUGGUGUUCACUUUCUUCAUAAAUCUAUUUCCAAAAAUACUGCACAAAUGCUUGGAGUAAAUAUCUUGGAUGAUAUAGACUAUGAUUAUCAUCAGUCAGAAUCUUUAACUAGACGUCUGAACUCUUUACUUCAUGCAUAUGUUGAUGGACUGUCCAUUCCAAAAGAAAUGAUUCAAAACGCAGAUGAUGCUGGUGCUACUGAAGUAUGUUUUCUGUAUGAUGAGCGACAAAAUUGGGAUGCAAGAUCGUCUCUGAUCAAAAGUGAAAUGGCUUCAUUACAAGGGCCUGCACUCUGGUCUUUUAACAAUGCUACCUUUAAGGACACAGACUUUAAGAAUUUGAUAAAGUUAGGUGGAGCCACAAAACAUGCAGAUACUUCCACGAUAGGAAAAUUUGGGUUAGGGUUUACCUCUGUCUACAAUCUGACAGAUGUUCCAAGUAUCAUCAGUGGAAAUACAAUGGUUAUUCUUGACCCAAGUGGCUCUUACUUGGAAAAACCAGGAAUGAAAGCAAAUCUGAAAAGUGCUAGAAACAAAGCUACAAUGAGGAAUCAAUUUAAACCAUUCGAGGGUGUGUUUGGUUGUGACUUCAAUAGAGAGGUAAUCUGCAAUGGCACUUUAUUCCGAUUACCACUAAGGACAGAAGAGCAGGCACGUAAAAGUGACAUUAGUAAUACUUGUUACACGAGGACAGAGGUAGAGUCUCUCUUCAAAAAGUUUGUUGAUGCCUGUGGAAACCUCCUUCUGUUCACACAGAAUGUGAAAUCUUUGAAGUUUUUGUUUGUGCCCUCUGAAGGAGAUCCUCGAGUACCACAGCUGUUGGUAGACGUAGUAAAGCAUGUUAAAAUAUCACCUGCCAUCCUACCACGAGGUGACAAAUUAAAAAGUGAAAACAUUUUGGUUUAUGCGUCAAAAAAAUGGCAAAGACUAGCACAGAAAAACGAGAGCUUAUCAGUAGCUCAAAGGGCCGACAUUGAAAUAGAUCUUUCCAACAACAUAAAAGAGUUGAACCUGGAACAUAGUGGGGGGCGAGCAAAGGUGGAGUGGGUUAUUGUAUGGAACACAGGUGGAAAGGAGUCCUACACGUUUGCAUUAUCUGGAGUACUGAAAGAUUUGCUCCCCCUGGCUGCAGUUGCCAUACCGAUGACAAAGCUGAGCAUGUGUCCCUUUGGGUUCUACAGAAAGGGACAUCUCUUCACUUUCCUUCCACUACCAAUAGAAAAUCCAUUUCCAUUUCAUAUCAAUGCAACAUUUGCACUCAGUGAAAACAGAAGAGAGCUACUUAAAAGGACGGAGGAUGACAAGACCAUACAUGGAGUUGUAUGGAACGACAUCUUACUUCGUGAUGUUGUGCCCAGAGCAUUCAUUGCUGCAUUGAAAUACAUAGACUUGAACUCAGUAUCAACAGCAGAGUAUUACCAGCUGUGGCCCACCAGUAAAGAACAGAUGGACUGUUUGGGGUCAAGUUUCUACAAAAUGAUUGUUGAUGAGAAACAUGAAGUCUUUGUUGAAGGAAGUACAAAACAAAGAUUGCCUCUCAAUACGAUCUGGUAUCUGGAUACAUCCAUAAGAAACCAACCAAACAUAGGAGACAUUGCUUUAAAAGCUUUGGUAAACUUUUGGAAAGGUAAAAGUAAAGUUGUUGUAGACAUUCCAAACAAUGUCAUUGCGUGUCUCAUCGAGGAGAGAGGUUGUGCCAAGAAUCGCUGUGUGGCAAGUCAAACAUUCUACUGUGAUGUGUUUUUCCCUAAUUUUGAGAAUGAAUAUUGGUUACCAAGAGACAGGGUCUCUCUGACCAUCUCUGCUAUACAAUACAAUGACAAUGCAACCAAUCAGCAAGUGAAGGCUACGAAAUGCAUCCCAACAUCUCAUAAGGGCACGUUAAGACGACCUCAGGAUUGCAUUUGUCCAUCUAGGGCAUGUGCUAGCCUGUUCUCAGAAGAAGAUGACAUGUUCCCAGACAAACGUUUCAGGACGUGGUCAGUUCUUGAAGGUCUGUGUCUAGCUGGAAUGAUAGAAGAUAAUUUGCCCUGGAAGAUAUAUGUAGAAAGGGCGAGUACAGUGUCUGAAUUGUACUUUACAGAUUAUCAAAAGGCAAUUCAAAGGUGUAAGAAUCUAUUACAGUAUCUGGGAUGCCACGUCAAUCCACGCUAUAAGAACUUCACAAAAUGCCCACCAGUUAUUCUUCAAAAACUUUUAAAAAUCAGGUUUCUGCCAGUGCUUCAACGUCCCAAGACAUGGAAGUUCGUUUGGAAGGCUGAUGAAGCAGACUCUGGUCUGUCAGCCCCAAAAGGAAAUGUUCAGAGAGGACACAGUGAAUUUGGUUGGAUGUACCCAUCUGAUUUUGGAUGAAUCUGAACUGGAUUUUGACAAUAGUGAAGAGAUAAUCUCUGAUGCUCUUCAGUUGCUACAAGUGAAGAACAGUUGUGAAGUUACCCUUGAAAGUGUUACAGCGCAACUCCUUUCUGUUUCGGAGUCAAUACAAGAAGGUCUAAGACCACCCAAUACGGAACUGUGCGAAACAUGUAGAGCCAUUUACAGUCACAUGAACAAACUAUAUGAAAAUAGUUCCAUCAAUGGGAAGGAGGAGUUCAAAAGAUAUGUGGAGGAACACUUGCAUGGAAAACAGACAAUCUUGGUGGGGAACAAACUGGUGAAACCUGAACAGGUAGUCCUCCACAGGCAAAGUAGUGUGGAGCCAGGCAUGUAUACACUGGAGCACACGUUCGAGGAUGUUCUGCCGCUGUUUGAACUAUUUGGCAUGAAUACAAGAAUUCAUGGUACACGCACCUUGAUUAUAAUAGGAAUACUGGCAGGGAUUGUGGGUCUUGUGUUGGCAUUUUGUACAAAGUAGUAUGACAUAUGCACGUAACGUGCAAAGAAAUACACAUACAUUUAGAUAUAUAUGUACAAGAUCCUCUGCCAUCAACGUACGUGAUCAGGAGCACAGUAACGCUGCUGCAAAUAAUGUUUAAUAGAAAUCUUCAUGGACGUAUAAGAAACGGUGUUUCAUGUUGAUUAAUGUUCAUCCAUACUGAAGCCAUAAUUGUUGGCCAAGUGGCAGGCUACUACUUCCAACUAUAACAACCUUCCAUCAAAGGCCUGCAAACGCCCUGGGAGUACAGAUGACGACCAUGCAACCACAGGCCAGUGUAUGAUGUGUUUAACUAUGAUGUCUUUAGAGACCCCUCUGCUCCCUGGCUUUAUUUCCGUAACUGCUCGGCAAAGUCCGGCGGUCAUCGUUGUAUGGUGUCAUUACAUUCUGUGUUAAGGAAUUAGUGGCCCAACAAUUUCAUUCUCUUGUAAUCUAAUGACACUCUCAAAUCAUGUAUUCAUGUAUUGAAAAUGUUUUUGUAACUAUGAUGUUCAAACAUUAGGGGUAUUUAUAUGUACUCUCAGAUAUUUUUCAUGUAUUUAUGUAAUUUUUGCCUCAUAAAUAAUUGUGUAUAUAGCUUGUUGUAUAUCUUUAAUGAUACUGUUGGAUAGCUUAUAUUCAGCGCUUUAUUUUGAUACUUACAUCUUCAAUAUGGAUAUAGUAGUUGGUUUGCUUUUCGUGUUUUCAAUAUGUUUAGAAACACAGUUUGACUAAGCGCCCCAGCCUGUGGUUUUCCUCGGUUGCGCAGCAUAUUCAUACUUCUGUUGGGUUCUUGUGUCUUUACCCACCAGGAUAAAGACACAGAACUUGUUUUGUUUUUCUGGUUGUACUGAACUAAGAACUUAGAAGCUAGAGUUUCCAAUGCUUCAUUUUUCUAGUAAUCCAUAGAUAACCAACAUUCGCGUGAUUGUCUAGCUUUUUUGGAAUUUUAGUAUUACUUCGGUCAGUCAAAGUGAUCAGUUGAUCAGACUAGCUUAAUUUUCAGACGUACUCGUCAAUGUUAUAGUUAUAGGAGGCUAUAAGCAAAAUUGUUUACUUCAAGGUCGACAGAUAUCGUUAACAUCGUUUACAUUGUCAGCCAGUUUAUACUUUCCAAAGAAUUUUUUUCGAUACAAUUAUCAAGCUUCUGGCUUAAAUCAAGCAUUUUGUUUAAAACUUCGUGUCAUGGCCAUGGCAAAUAGUUAAAGUAAUACCACUGAUGGGUAUACUGACGUUAUUUUUUGUCCUCGUAGGCCCUUUUCAACCAUGGAUCCUACUGUUUACAACCUCUGGAUGAUAGUCAACCUCCCACAAUACAAUACUCGUCGAUCUCCCUGAUUACUUUGCUAUCUCACCUGCUAGAGAUACAUAUUGUUAUAUGUGAGCAUUAUGUAUAUUGACCAUGUGUUGUAACCAAAGUGGUUAUUGGGGAUAUAGUAUAGGUGGACCCAAGGUUGACCUGUGAUUGAUUAGCUUUGCCACUGUGAAGGAUUGGUAAGCUCGCCACAUUGAGUAGCAAGGUAUGGUGUAUUGUUUUAGAGGCUUGUAGACUUGUUACUGAGCUAGCAGGGGCCAGAUUGUGUAUAGCUACCUCCAGGCAUGAGAGAGAGUUUUUUUUUUGCGAGCUGAGACGGGUCCAGGAUGUCCACACUUACUAGGUCUCUGUAUUGACCAUAUCGGUCUGUGACAUUCCUGCCAGUGAGUCUUGUGAUGUAUUCGACCAUGUCGGUCAUUUGUGAGAGACAGGAAAGUUGAUCCCUGUUAGUCGACACAGACUGAGUCUGUGCACAAUCUGUCGUUGGCUAAUCAAACUGAUCGGAAUAUAUUUGUUACCAGGAUCCAGAUUGUGUCCGAUUGGUAGCUAGUGUUUCUGUAUCACAAUGAGUUUUCACCUAUUUUGCUUUGCAAUAGAAAUGUUAGUUUGCCAGAUUGUAAUCGAAAUUGUGUUAAUAUUGAAUAAUUGUAGGUUUUGGUAAUAAUAAAAUAUUCUU